UGGAGUCAGUUGAGUGGAGUUAAGUAAUUACUGAGCCCCUGAAAUGUACCAAGGCUGUGUCCGCCACCAAUGAUGCAACGCCCGAGCGUUAGACACGACGGCCAGGAAAGUGGAAGACUGGACAGAGGGGCCUGAGAAAACCUGGAGAGUCCCACGGACUGGCUGGGUAUACAGAAAUGUCAAGAGGCCAGAGAGUGUAUCAGAUCACAUGUAUCGGAUGGCAAUUAUGGCUAUGGUGACCAAAGAUGACCAUCUUAACAAAGACCGAUGUGUACGCCUAGCCCUGGUUCAUGAUAUGGCAGAAUGCAUCGUUGGGGACAUAGCACCAGCAGAUAACAUCCCCAAGGAAGAAAAACAUAGGCGAGAAGAGGAAGCUAUGAAGCAGUUAACCCAGCUCCUACCAGAGGACCUCAGAAAGGAGCUCUGUGAACUUUGGGAAGAGUACGAGACCCAGUCUACUGCAGAAGCCAGAUUUGUGAAGCAGCUGGACCAGUGUGAGAUGAUUCUUCAGGCCUCUGAGUAUGAAGACCUUGAGAACAAACCCGGGAGACUACAAGACUUCUACGAUUCCACAGCAGCUCUGCAGACUCAGCUCAUCCUCGAUCUUUCCUGAGAGUACUGCAAGGGAUAGCCUUUCUCUGACCUCUUAGGACCCCCAAAUGGCCUCACCAGAUAGGAAGGUCUCAGCUCACAGACUACUCCAGAAUUUAAUUUGCAUUAGAAUGAAAUUGAUUCAGUUUUCCUUCCCUUUUUUCCAGCUCCAAUUCCCCUGCUCUAGACAAGGCCCUCAUUAUUUCUGUAUCAGACUGCUGCUGUAACCCCCUAACUUAACCUAACCUGCCCACAGGCUCGCUAGUUCAUCCUGCAUGUCUCAGUGUUCUCCUCCUUUGUUGAUAUGGGUGUCACCACAUCUUCAUUUGAAGAACUCCUGUGGUUUUCAUUUUUCCAAAAAAUGAAAUCCUGACACUUUUGAGUGACCUAAGAAUCCCUGCAGUCUAAGGCCACCCACCUCUCUGUGCUCCUUUCCUCAUCCUCCCUAUCAAAAUUAAGUGUUCCCUUCUUUUUGCUCAAUCUGUGCUUGGUCUAGAGCUUGCCAUAGUGCCACAGUCUGACUUGCAUUCUCCUUAAUGAUGUUCCUCUCUGGUUCUCUACCCAAAGCCCUACCUGCUUGCCCCCACCUGCUAAGCGUUUGAGGGUCAAAGGCAACCUUGUCUAAUCUGUCUUUGAUAUAGAAGGUACUCAGACAUGUUGACUUCAGUUAAAUAGAAUAAUGCUAUAAAUCAGGAAACAGCAAACCAUGGCCUAAGGGCCAAAUUGGCCUGCUGCCUGUUUGUGUAAAUAAAGUUUUAUUGAAACACAGCUACAUUCAUUCUUUGUCUAUACUGCCUUUGUGCUCUAAUAGCAGAGCUGAGGAGUUGCAACAGAGAUUAUAUAGCCCACAAAGCCUAAAAUAUUCACUGUCUGGCUCUUUACAGACAAGGUUUGCUGACCCAUGUUAAAAGCAAUGAUUGGACUACAAGAUAGCAUAUUUCACCAAUAAUGUAACUACAAGUCAUUUUUUAUGUGGUUCUUUGAAUUUUACACACUGUUAUCCUCUAUUAUAAUACAUUCACAGUGAAAAAUAGAAAAUGAAACAUGAGAAUACUAAUAGAAUCAAAAAAUGUGUGAGCUGGAAGGGUCAUCUAGUUUAAACUUCACAUUUUAACUGAGGAAUAAAUUUGAGUCCAGAAAGAUGGUGUUGCCUGCAGCCAAGGUGAGAUUAAAAUUUACUGCACUUUCACUCUGGUGCAUUAUACCU